GUGAGCGAAGAGUAACCGAUGAAAUAACAAAGUAAGCAAAACAGAGACGAUGGUACUGGGUGGUGCAGGCAACCUCUCUGCAUUGAUGCUAUGUUCCACAAAGCUCGUGCGUUCUGUGUUUCUCAAACGUUGUUUGUUGCGGAAUCUGUGUACUACAAGUGCAGCACCAGAUACCAUAGCCAGACACAUUGAUGCACAGAUACGUGCUCUUUCCUCACAAGGCAACAUUGAAGAAGCUCUUUCACUUCUUCACACCCACGCUUCUCUCUCCCUUCAAACCUAUGCCUCUCUGUUCCAUGCUUGUGCUCACAAAAAGUGCCUCCAACAUGGCAUGGCUCUGCACCAUUACAUGCUCCACAAAGACCCCACAUUUCAAAACGACCUCUUUCUCACCAAUCACAUCAUAAACAUGUACUGCAAGUGUGGCCACUUAGCCUAUGCCCGCCACGUGUUUGAUCAAAUGUCGCAUAGAAAUGUUGUUUCUUGGACUGCUCUCAUUUCUGGGUAUGCCCAAUCUGGCCUAAUCAGAGAGUGUUUCUCUCUAUUCUCUGGCUUGCUGGCUCACAUUCGCCCCAAUGAAUUCGCUUUUGCAAGUUUGCUUAGCGCGUGUGAGGAGCAUGACAUUGAGUGUGGCAUGCAGGUACAUGCAGUUGCUUUGAAAAUUUCUUUGGAUGCCAAUGUAUAUGUUGCAAAUGCUCUUAUUACGAUGUAUAGCAAGCGCUCUGGUUCCUGGGGAAGUUAUGAUCAGACGCCAGAUGAUGCGUGGACCGUGUUCAAGUCAAUGGAGUUCCGAAAUCUUAUAUCUUGGAAUUCAAUGAUUGCAGGUUUUCAACUUCGUGGACUCGGGGACAAAGCCAUUCGCCUGUUUGCACAUAUGUUCUGCAAAGGAAUUGGGUUUGACCGUGCCACACUGCUCAGUGUCUUCUCUUCAUUGAAUGAAUGCGGUGCUUUUGAUGACAUUGACAUACAUCUCAGGAAAUGUUUUCAAUUGCACUGUCUCACUAUUAAAAGUGGUCUUAUUUCAGAAAUUGAAGUGGUAACUGCAUUGAUAAAAUCCUAUGCAAAUCUUGGAGGACACAUUUCUGAUUGUUAUAGAAUCUUCCUUGAUACAAGCAGCCAAUUGGAUAUUGUGUCAUGGACUGCUCUUAUUUCGGUGGUUGCAGAACGGGAUCCUGAACAGGCUUUUCUCCUUUUCUGUCAACUUCAUCGUCAAAAUUAUUUGCCAGACUGGUAUACAUUCUCAAUUGCCUUAAAAGCUUGUGCAUACUUUGUGACUGAGCAACAUGCCAUGGCCAUUCACUCACAAGUAAUUAGAAAAGGGUUUCAGGAAGAUACCGUACUUUCUAAUGCCUUGAUACAUGCUUAUGCAAGGUGUGGCUCCUUAGCUUUGUCUGAACAAGUAUUCCAUGAAAUGGGCAGCCGUGAUUUGGUCUCUUGGAAUUCAAUGUUCAAGUCUUAUGCCAUACAUGGGCAAGCUAAAGGUGCACUGGAGCUCUUCCAGCAAAUGCAUGUUUGUCCAGAUUCUGCAACCUUUGUUGCGCUUCUCUCAGCUUGCAGUCAUGUAGGACUUGUUGAUGAAGGAGUGAAAUUGUUUAACUCUAUGUCUGGUGAUCAUGGUAUUGUUCCUCAACUAGAUCACUAUUCCUGCAUGAUUGACCUUUAUGGACGAGCUGGGAAGUUAUCUGAGGCUGAGAAUUUGAUACGUAAAAUGCCGAUGGAACCUGAUUCUGUGAUUUGGAGUUCAUUACUUGGAUCUUGCCGGAAGCAUGGUGAAGCUCGCUUGGCCAAAUUAGCAGCUGAUAAAUUUAAAGAGUUAGAACCUAACAAAUCAUUGGGAUAUGUACAAAUGUCAAACAUAUAUUCCUCUGGAGGUAGUUUUACAGAAGCUGGCCUGACUAGGAAGGAAAUGAGAGACUACAAAGUGAGAAAACAACCUGGAUUAAGCUGGAUUGAGAUUGGGAAGCAGGUUCAUGAGUUUGGUUCUGGUGGUCAACAUCAUCCGCACAGAGGGGCCAUAUUAAGCCGGCUUGAGAUAUUGAUUGGACAAUUGAAAGAGAUGGGUUAUGUGCCAGAGCUUAGUCUAGCCUUGUAUGACACGGAAGUGGAGCACAAAGAAGACCAAUUGCUUCAUCACAGUGAGAAGAUGGCAUUGGUAUUUGCCAUAAUGAACGAAGGAAGCUUGCCUUGUAGUGGGAAUGUCAUUAAAAUAAUGAAGAAUAUUCGUAUUUGUGUGGAUUGCCACAACUUCAUGAAAUUAGCAUCAUAUCUAUUUCAGAAGGAGAUUGUUGUGAGAGAUUCAAACCGUUUUCACCACUUCAAAUAUGCAACUUGCUCUUGUAAUGACUAUUGGUAACAUAUACUACCUGCAUUCUCCCAAUGGCUGAUAUAACUAUCGGUACAGUAGCACACUACACACAUUGCUCUACUAGAUCAAACUGUGCCUGCCACGGUGGAUUUUUUGGGUCUAACUGCUUUAGUUGAGGAAGCACACAACUUACUGGAGAGCAGUGCAUUGGAAUUGUAUGGAGGACACUUAUAUCUGCUUGAUGAGUUCGUGGAAGUGUUGACCUUACGGAUAAGGUAGGAAAGCAUCUAACAGUAUUUCUUCAUUCAUUAUAUUUAUAGGGAUGGAAUAAUUACAGAGUGGUUAUUCGAUGAGUUUUAAAUUGAAUAACCUCAUAAAUACCUUAACAGAGUGAUGUUUUGCUAUGUAUUUCUUAAAACAUUAUAGAUCUCAACAGCUCAUCCAGAUGGCAUACAUAUUUGCUUCUUUCUAUUGUUCAAAGGUAAAUGUUGUAAUAGAUUAAAGAAAAAAAUGUAAAUGUUGUAAAAUGCUAACACUUUUUUAUGUGUAUUGUACAUAUAUAAUCGUCUACUUAACGGUA